AGUUAGUUGACAGUUGGCAGGUCAUUUUUCAUCACAACAUCAACUAAUUUUAACGUUUGUACUAUGUUUGUGCAAGUUGAUACUGAGAUCGGCUUUUUUCUGAAUUUCAACGAGGGACUCACCGAUUUGGGUGAGAGGAAUCGGCAUCUUGUAAGAAAUGGCGGAGGGGAUAGCUCCGUUGACUGGAGAUGUUAGUUGGGAUGUUUUGAUAAAAAACUGCGAGGAUCAUCUUCCCAAUGAAAUUAGGGUCCACCUGGUGCCUGUUUGCAGAGCACUCAAGAAGGUUAUCGGAUCCAAUGAGAAACUUUCACCAGAAUCGAUGAACAUAACGUUGUUGAGACUAGAGGCCUGUCUGGACAGAACUUGGGAAGCAUUAAACACUGGACAUUGGAAAGAUGUGGAAAUGCGACAUAGGUAUUGCUACACAAUCUGUAGUGUACUGAAGUGUAUAGUAUUAGAAAUGAGUUGCCAAGACGUCGAAGAUCGGGUUAAAAUCGAUACAACAACGAAAAUUAUUGAACAAAUCGACAAGGGAUUGCUGCUGGGGGCUCCACUCGAUGAUAUCCCCCAUUUGCUGACUAAAAUCGCCUCUAGAGUCAACGAAAAAAUUGGCUCAACUGGUGCAUCCAAAAAUCCUGAUAUUAUGCAAUGUGACUCGACGAAUAUUCCCAAAAACCUUUUGCCAGGAUUGGACUGGAUUCGACGAUACAAAUCUCCAUCGAUGGAGACGUUUUAUCGCGACAUUUUCUCGAAGAAAGUCCCGGCAGUUUUGGAAGGAUGCCUAGACCAUUGGCGAGCUCUGACCCAUUGGAAGGAUCCCAAAUACCUCAUAAAAAUGGCUGGAACCCGUACAGUUCCCAUAGAGAUAGGGUCAAAAUAUACCGAAGAAGAUUGGUGUCAACAUCUCAUAACUCUCUCAGACUUUAUCAAAUCACACGUUACAAAAGAUAAUACUAAAGUUGGAUAUUUAGCGCAGCAUCAGCUCUUUGAACAAAUUCCAGAACUGAAAGAGGACUUUUCAAUUCCCGACUACUGCAGCUUCUCCGAUAAUUCUGAAGACAUUCUGCCAGACGUUAACGCGUGGUUUGGACCCAGAGGAACAAUUUCUCCUCUUCAUUACGAUCCAAAAAAUAAUCUUCUGUGUCAGGUUUUUGGAUGUAAACGAGUGAUACUUUAUCAUCCAAAUGAUACAAAAAAUUUAUAUCCAUACGAUACGAGGUUGUUAUGCAAUACAUCACAAGUGGAUCCAACAAAUCCUGAUUAUGAUAAUUUCCCUAAUUUUAGAAAUUCGCAAGGAACAAUGUGUUAUCUUAACGAAGGAGAAAUGCUAUUCAUUCCCCCAGGCUGGUGGCAUCAUGUUGUCAGCCUGACUCCAUGCUUUUCCAUAAGUUUUUGGUGGUAAUUAUUACCAAUAAACAACAGUACAAAAGAAAAUAA